CAUGGAGAGGAGAGGCGCAGAGCAGCUCGGCUGAUCCCGUACCUAAUGUGAUGACAGCUGAUUAUAUCGACACACACGCUGGACCGCUGUGCCCCUUUCCAUAUGUCAACAUGUUUUAAUGACCAUCGCGAACGAAACAACGACGCAGCUCUUCCAGGAAAUAAUGACGCGGCGCGCACCUCCGAGGCUGUGGGACGCGUAGCAGCUGAAAAGUUGCGGUGUCGUGGAGAAGGGCAACACCGCACCACAUCACCAGGCUCAAGAAGUUGGGUAGUUUACUCUGAGUGGAUCUAACGGCCUGGUCCGAAAAAGGUUAUGAGUAAUGGAAGCAGGAUCUGUGGUGCGUGCUGUGUUUGAGUUUCUCCCCAGCGUCUCUGAGGAGCUGCCACUGUUCACUGGUGAUGUCAUCGAAGUGCUCAGUGUCGUGGAUGAGUUCUGGUUGCUUGGUAACAAAGAUGGCGUUACAGGUCAGUUCCCCAGCACCUUUGUGGAAGAAGUCACCAUUCCCAGCACCAAGCCGGGAGACAGACUGUAUGUGUGCAUCAGUGAUUUUAGCUCAGCAGAGCUGGGGACUCUGUCUCUGAAGAGAGGUGAUGUGGUAGUUGGGGAAGCAGGGGGGUCCAUGGACCUUGGGGAGAUUUGGCAACGCGGCUGUAAUGCCUGGGGCGCCCGUGGUCUCUUCCCAACAUCAUGUGUGAAAGAGCUGAACCUCUCGUGCCGUUCCCGGCAGCUGUCUGAGCGCUCGGCCCAGGCCCAGGCGUCAGAGCUCCCACCUUAUGCUCUAGGUCAAGCCCGGGCCCUUAUGAGCCUCCAUGCACAGCUCAGCGAGGAGCUGGACUUCCGCGAGGGGGACUUGAUCAUCAUCACAGGCCUGCCUGAGCCAGGCUGGUUCCAGGGUGAGCUGUAUGGCAGCAGGGGAAUUUUCCCAGAGGGGUUUGUGGAGCUCUUGGGUCCUCUUCGGUCUCCUCAGGAACCUGUAGACUCCCAGUAUUUGAACAAUGACUCUCAACCAUAUAUCUAUGAGGACCCCUUUAAUGCUGAAGAGGGGAAUGAGGAGGAAGGAAUGGAAGAAGAUGAGGAUAUAUUGAGAGAGGAAGAAGAACAUAAGGAUGCUGUAGUAGAGGAAGAGAAAGAGGAAGAGGAGGAUGGAGUCUAUGGAGUAGCACUGUAUGAAUUUCGGGCCAUGGAGCCAGGCGAGUUGGACUUUGAUGUGGGAGAUCGCAUCCAUAUUGUCGGCACUUUGGAAGACGGUUGGCUGGAGGGAAAGCUGCGAGGGCAGCGGGGUGUCUUUCCUCAUCGUUUUGUCAAAAUAGAGGGUGAUGUGCAGAAAAUUGGAGGAGAAACGACUGUUGUUGAACCAGAGGAAGAGAAGGAGAUCAGUAGUACUGAACACACCUAUGAUCAUUUAUGUCCCAGUGGGACAGAAAAUGAUGCCGAGAAAGAGUGGAGGACAUAUGAGGAUCACACAGUGUGGGACCUGGACUACUUUGAGAGGGCUGAGGAGCAGAGGUGGCCAUGUGAAAACAAAAGUACUGCGGCUCAAACUGAUAACAGAGGGCAGAGAGACAGUGGUAACAGGGCUGACUGUCAGCCACGUAGACCUGUCCCCCCAGCACACAGGGGGCCUCAGAAACCCAAAUCCAUUCCUCCAGCAAGGCCCAGACUACCACCACGGCCUAACCUGCCCACACAUAGCCAUAGUCAGAAUGCUGGCCUGGCUUCAAGCAGAAAUCCACCUAACUAUACCAAUGGUAACAGUCGACCUUUACAACCCAAACUAACUCAUAGCCUAACGCUUCAUAGCACUCAACAUGGUUGGUCUAAAGACAGCAAAUAUUACCGGAGGCCAUUGAGAAAUGACACCUCCAUCAGUAACAGAGGUCAGACAUUAAACAACCAUGUGGAGGGUCAAAGGUUUAAGAGGCUAACUCGCCAUGCAAGUGCCAGUGAUGCUGAUCUGAUAAGCUCUGAGGUCCGCUUGCAUAACCUGCAGAAGACACGUCGCUCCAAUGGGCUACUGCCAGCAUCCAUAACCUUAGAAGCCUUGGUAAACUCAACCAGUGACCUGGAGACUAAGCUAUCACAGCAGCUCUUUGAAUUUGAGAAAAGCUUGAGUUCUUCUUGCAGUGAUACCAACAUUGGCCCUGGUGCUUCCAGGGACAUGUCGUCUGCAGCUGAGCUGAGCCAUCAGUCCCAUGUCUCACGUCACUUUUCUAUCCUGGACUACAGCGAUGAAACAGAUGUCAUUCGAGGCUCCUCACACUCUCCUGUGUCCAACCUCUUGCAGUCUAACUCUCCUUAUUUGGAAAGACGCAGAACCCUCCGCCCUCCACCUCCUCGUCCCAGAGUCACACGCCCGCCAGCCCCAGCUGCAUACAAGCCAACUCGGCCUGCUCCACGGCCCCCUCCCCGUUGCCCAAGACAGAAUCGCACUACUCCUCCAACCAGCAACUCCCUCAUCAAUACACCUAUUUUUUACACUCCAGACGAGCCGGCUGCAAACCUCCUGGACCAAACGACAGAAGGUCAGGCUGAGUUGAGCGACCUUGAAGCUGCCCAGGAACAUGACAUCCAGUGCCAGCUGGAGGCAGAGCAAGAGCUGGAGAGAGAGAUGGAGUUAGAGAGUCAGAGAGAAAGGGAGGAGGAGGAAAGGCAACAGCUGCUGCUACGGCUACAAGAGGUAGAGCGCGACAUGGAGGCGUACUCACACACGGCAGAGGAACUCAGGGCGAUGCUGGAGGAGGACGAGCAGGAUGAGACAGCCCACAUCCAAGCCUUGGAGAAUCUAGAGUUCUGCAAUUACACACUGGAGACGCUGGCCCUGGAGCAGCAGCAGCUACAAGAGAUGACGCUUUUGCCGUCUGAACCUAAAGUUCUGGAGUCCGCCCCCGUCUCCACAACGCCCACCGCCAGCACGGGCUCUGAGGAUCCAGAGAUCAGGAUGCUAGAAAAGAGGUCAAAGGUCAUCGAGGAGCUGCUGCAGACAGAGAAGGACUACAUCAAAGACCUUCAAAUGUGUGUCGAGGAGAUCAUUGAGCCUUUGCAGAAGAAGGCGAAGAAUGUGGACUUUGAUGGGCUCUUUGGCAACAUUAACUCAGUGAUUGACCUGUCACAGCGGAUGUUUGACUCGCUGAAGGAGACGGACUCUAUAGGGAAGGUAUUCCUGGACUUUAAAGAAGAACUGGAGGAGGUUUACAAGCUCUACUGCCAAAACCACGACGAUGCCAUCUCUUUGCUGGAGACUUACGAGAAAGAUGAAAACAUCCAGCGCAACGUGUUGGAGUGUCUGGAGAGACUGAGGGCCAUUUAUCGCGAGUGGGGUAAAACCAAUUACAUCAACCUGGGCUCUUUCUUGAUUAAGCCGGUGCAGCGGGUGAUGCGUUACCCGCUGCUGCUGACAGAGCUGCUUGGGGCCACGCCGGAGAGCCACCACGACCGGGACCAGCUCACUAAAGCUGUGCAGGCUGUCAAGCAGAUCAACGUAAACAUCAACGAGUACAAGCGACGAAAAGAUCUCGUGGUGAAGUACAGGAAAGGGGAUGAAGACACAUUCAUCGACAAGAUCUCCAAGCUCAGCAUGCACUCAAUUAUCAAGAAGUCCAACCGCGUCAGCAGCCACCUGAAGCACCUCACGGGAUUUUCCCCGCAGAUUAAAGAUGCAGCAUUUGAUGAGAUCGAAAAUAAGUUCAGGCUGCAGGAGAGACUCAUCAAGUCCUUCAUCAGAGAUAUUUCCCUGUACCUGCAACAUAUCAGGGAAGCAGCAUCUGUAAAAGUCUUGGCAGCCAUCAGUUUCUGUGACAUCUACACAGAGCGCAGUGUGCUGGACCCCGACCGAUUUCAGAGAGCUCACCGCCACAUCAGCGACAAACAGUUUACAGAAUUUAAGGAGCGCACAGAGGCCUUAGUCAUCAACCCGCUCACCCAGCUCCUCCUCAUGUUUGCUGGGCCCCACAAACUCAUCCAGAAACGCUUCGAUAAGCUGCUGGACUACGACAACUGCAAGGAGCGCGCCGACCGCUUUAAAGACCGACGCAUCCAGGAAGAGCUGCAGGUGGCGCGUAAUACUUACGAAGCACUUAAUGCCCAACUUCUGGAUGAGCUACCGAAGUUCCACAGCGUGGCAGAAGAGCUUUUUACAGGCUGCGUGAGGGCUUUCGCUCAAGCCCAGAAGGACUUCAUGAAGAUGACGGUGGGAGAGCUGAAGCCCCUCCUACAGGUUUUUUCUAGCAAAGUUGGCACGGGGGGUAACCUGAUUGCACAGUUUCAAGAAGAGCACAGUCGAGUCCUCCAGCUUCUGCAGAGCUUUAGCUUCUGUCCAGAGAACUUGCCUCCAGCCACCGCUGCUACAAAAAAGACCUUUGAGAAGAAAACGCUGGAGAAGCAGACUUCUAAAAAGCAAGCCCAGGGACCUCCCAGCAACAUCCCGCAGACAGAUGAGCACCGUGCAGGACUUCUGGUACGCUAUGGCACGGAAAAACUUUACCAGGCAAACAGGAACUUUAAUGCUGCGCAGGAUCUGGACCUCUCUAUACAAGAGGGAGACCUUGUGGGUGUAAUCAAGCAGCAGGACCCCAUGGGAAGCCAAAACCGCUGGCUAAUUGAUAAUGGAGUGACCACGGGCUUCGUAUACAGCUCCUUCCUCAAACCCUACAACCCACGUAGGAGCCAUUCAGACGUCUCCAUCGAGAGCCAGUCUUCCAAUGAGUCGGGCUACGGCGGCUCCUCCCCUGUUUUCUCCCGUCAGAACAGCAACAGCACGCUGACCUUUAACCAGGAAACGGCCACCGUCAGUUUUUCUACAUCGCAGUCCCAGAGCCAUUCAUCCCCACACCCAUCGCUGGACUCUGCCUCAUCUCGCAGGAGUCACCAGAGGGAUACACCCAACACCGACUCUGCCAGUCAGAGCAACUCAAUAAACUCUUCACCCCGAAACUCCUCAAACCGCAAGGAGUUUUCAGAUCAAACCUACCAAAAUACCUCGAGUCACAGAGACGUCGAGCCUUCUUACCGGCACUCGGGCAGUCAUAGAGACUCAUAUGACACGAGUUACGGAAGUUCAGGUGGACACAAGGAGAUGUCAGACCUGUCUGAGACAGACUCUUACUCUUCACAAAGAAACAGUCGCUCGCAACAAUAUGGACACACAGACAAAAGCUACAGUUCAUAUCAGUGGAGAAACGGAGAUAGCAGCAGCCAGAAGUCGUCUGCUUACUCCAGAGAGGAGUACGUUGAGCCAGAGCCAGAACCAGAACCUGAGCGCAAGAGUGAAGUAGAAGGUCAUCAGAUUUACUAUGCUCUCUACUCCUUCACUGCCCGUUGCGCCAAUGAACUGAGCAUCUCAGCCAAUCAGCAACUGCGAAUACUCGAAUUCCAGGACAUGAACGGCAACAGCGAAUGGUGGCUGGGGGAGGCAGAGGGUCGGCGAGGAUAUGUGCCUUCCAACUAUAUACGCAAAUCCGAAUAUACAUGAGCAAAAUUUUGUGGAGGAUACAUGAGGCUGAACUUCAGCACGCAGCUUUCUCUGUGUGCAAAGACAGAACAAAAAGACAAGGUGAACUGUUGUCAUGGGGUUUGCUGUUGAGAAGAACUGGCCAAUGCUGCAAAAAGUUAGCAUUAUAUGUCUAUAUUUAUAGACUUUUUCUAUAUUAUUUUUACUUACUGAAAAGCUGCACGCUCCCCCAUCCUGUUUCCAGUAGAAAAACCUGUGAAUUGGAACAAAGUAUUGGCAUUUUUUUUUUUUUUUUUUUUUUUUUUUUUUAAAUUUUGGGCUCCAGUCACUGAAUUGUUGUUGAAGAGAACAGUCUUUAAGGUUAGCACAUUGGGAGACUGCAAUGAAAAUGUGAAUGUUUUGGGUUCAUACUGGCUCUUAAAGUAUUGAGUGGUAUGUAGACAGACUGACCUGACACUGUGUGAGUUACUUUUUUUUUUUUUUUUUUUCCUGCAUGUGGUUUGUUACACCACUGUAGUGGUAAAUAUGAAAUGAAUUUACAACAUUCAGUUCAAUAAUCAGUAUUUGAGGCAAAGUUUGAAGUGUGUGCAGAACCAUCAGCAUGAGUUUGGGGUGUCGUGUAGAAUUAUUAUGAACUGUCUGGACUGAAAUAAACAUAUGGUUUACAAGCACUCCUUUUAACUUUGUCAGUAACAUGAACCCACUAUAUACUGAAUUGCCUCUGUAUAAACUGGUUCAGACACAUUUUUCUUUGAGAGAACAGGGAGAGGGAGACUUGUACUCUGAUUGAACUCUUCUCCACAUGCUUCCUGUGUAUUUUAUAGGUUAUAUGAUGCUGUAUAUUGAGAUGAUAUUGCACCCACUGUAAAGUGAUCACUGUUUGAAUAAAAAAGAAACAGCCCAGCUGAAAAAAAUCAUAACAGUGUUUCAUAUAUUAUUAUUAUUUUUCAUUGUUGUUGUUUCAGGUCAGCUUAGGCCCUGUGUCACAGUGGGGUUACCAAUAACUGGCCUCACAAUGCUGCAAUCUGUUCUCAUUAAAUAAUUAUUCUCUU